AUGGACGAUAAUAUUCAUGCUCCAACUGUUGCCUCUGGACCGGCGUCCGGGGCCACUCCUCGUGAUCUAUCCAAGUUGUCGAUGCCAGAUCUGAUGCAGGAGAAAGAACGCAUCGAGGCGGAAUUGUCAGCUCUUAGUAGCGUCCUCCAGUCGCAUGGAGUACGCAUGACUUCAUCUCUUACUACCUUCGACGGUUUCCCCCGUGAUGAUAUCGACAUCGCGCAAGUUCGCACAACGCGUGUGCGCAUUAUCCACCUACGGAACGACCACAAGGAGGUGAUGCAACUUAUCGAGAAGGGUGUCCACGCACAUUUCACCAACCUACAAAACACGCAAGGUGACGGCCCAACUACGAAUGGCACCAAUGUCCCACCGACUACUCAAUCAUUGACGAAUAACACCGCGUUGGGGACACCCUUUGCCAAGGUCAAUAGCGUGGUUUCAGGAAGUCCAGCAGACCUGGCGGGACUGAAAAUUGGCGAUGCAAUCCGAAGUUUUGGGAAUAUCAAUUGGCUGAACCACGAGCGCCUUUUAAAGGUUGCGCAAGUAGUUCAAGAAAAUGAAGGGCGGGCAGUAUCGGUCAAAGUCAGUCGGAAAGAUGAAGGAAACACUGACACAGAGUUGGACCUCCAGCUCACCCCUCGACAGAAUUGGGGCGGCCGUGGCCUUCUAGGAUGUCACUUGGUUCCGUUAUAA